AUGUCGUCCACCAACAUGCCGUCGUCCUUUGACGGAGACACAAUUCUACGAAUAGAACCGAUGGCAGAAGCUGACCCGCCGGUUGAAAGAAGAGCCCCUCGUGCCUCUGGGUAUGCGUCCAGCCAUUCUACCAAUGCACUUUACCAUGCCUCUAAAUCAAUACGCUCCGGCGACCAACAACGCACGAACCGGAUGUUCCGCGCCCGUAUCUACGCCCAGGGUUUCACAAUCGUCGCCAUGGUUGCUGGCUCAAUGUACUGGAAAUCCGACCGCCAGAAGCGCAAGGAAUUUGAUAGGUGGUGGCAGAGCGCAAGGCGAAGGAGAAGAACGAUCUGUGGAUCAAGGAGUUGGAGGCGAGAGAUAAAGAGGAGAAAGAGACCAGAGCUGAAAAGGAGAGAAGAUCGAAGCGUGCUUAAUGGAGGAAAGAACCCGAUAUUAGCGCAGGUCAGAGCAGCGGAAGGGAAGGACAGCGAGGAUGCAAGCUCGGUGGUUGAUGGGAAGGAGAAGAAGCAGAAGUCAACUCUGGAAUCUGUGAAGGAGAUGAUCAUGGGGAAGAAGUAA